GCAAAAUAUACACAGGACAAAGUGUGAUGUCUGGCAUGUAAGAUGCCACUCACAUUUCUGUACGUAUAAUGCGAAGCCCUCGAUUCAUAAGUGGUGUAGUGACCUCCUCUUCCCAAUUUUCCUGGAAGCUUUUUCCCUUGUUUUCUCGUUUAAAAGAACAGUUGGGAAAAUAUAAUGGCUUCAAAUUGGCUUGAAAAAGCAGUCGUCCUCAUAUUUAGCGGCAUCUGGCGCAUAAGAUUGACCUUGGCUGCAACGCUCGACUCUCCGUCGCCCCAAGCCUGGCCCUCUUCAUACACCGUGGCGAACGCCCCUGGACGUGCGCCCUUCUUUCGGGGCGACUCCUUCGUGGUGUACUCACAACCUAUGACUACCAAGUAUGGAGAGGCCUGCAACGAGAGGCAAGCGCCGAUUCCCUUGCCUGCUUACAUUGCCGCUCGCUUCAACGGGUCGGUCAUGGCGGUAACAGGUCUGGAGGUCGACGUCGUCCAAGUCGACUCUAACACAGGCCUAGAGCGAAGCGUGCCCAGGGCAGAUUUUUACAAUCAUCAUUAUAUACUUGGGCUGCGCUCCGCCUGGUACAUAUCCCCCUCUGCGUCUCCAAGUGAUGAAGAGCAAGUUGAGCAGCAGGAAGCAAUUAGCACCGGUAGUCGGGAAGGAAAUGCAACGCAUGGCCUGCUUUUGCCCCACAGCGGUAAGGGCCGCGUGCGAGAUGGUAGUUUUCGAAAAGAUAUCGCAGACGCUGACCUCAAGGCGUCAACGAGCAGCCACGACCAGGGAACCUUCGGUGGCGUCAGGCGCACCCAGGAGAGCGCCGUGCUCCAACCUGAUCUUGGCGUCCGUCUGAGCCCCAAGACCUCGGCUUCAGCUCCUCCUCUACGGAAUGUCUCCAGAGCCAUCUCUGCCUUACGAGGGACCAUCCCUCUCCUUCAAGUUUUCUGUGAGGCCAAUGGGGGGGAAUAUAAGGAAACCUACCGAGGUUUUCCACCCGGCUAUGCCCAACUGAUUGCCUCCCCCGCCUAUUUCUGGCCAAUUCAGCUUCAUUUUAUCAAUACCAGGGCCUCUAUACCUCGCUCCCUCGUCCCUGCCUCGUCCCGCGCCGACCCCACCCGGGACUCAUGGAACGGACUGAUCGAAUGCCCCUGCUCCAACAGGCGGACCUUCGACCUGAGGGCGAAUUUGGUGGAUGGGAAGCCCCCAUACCCGGUCCACUGUCAAGGUGAGGUGCUGGCCCAGAGCAAUCCCGUCUGCUCCCUUGCCACCUACCAAGGUGGCCUCCGCUGCUGUGAGCCUGGCAUGGUCUUGCUGGACAGGGAGCAGCUGCAGCCAGUGGAGGAGGACACCUACCUACUGAAGGCGCGCUUCUGGUACGAGGAGUACCGCGAGGAGGGGGCCGGGCAAGGGCGGGGGGACGCAGUGGAG